UUACCAUCAUUUCACUAUAAAUAGAGGUUGAUACUAAGCUUAUUUCCUCACACCUAAUACGUUGAAAACGAAGUUGUAAUAGUCAUGGCUAAGUUUGCUUCAAUCAUCUUCCUUUUUUUCGCUGCUCUGGUUGUCUUUGCUUCUCUCGAAGCACCAAUGGUGGAAGCAAAGUUAUGUGAGAGGUCAAGUGGGACAUGGUCAGGAGUUUGUGGAAACAAUAAUGCAUGCAAGAAUCAGUGUAUUAAUCUUGAGGGGGCACGACAUGGAUCUUGCAACUAUCGCUUCCCAUAUCACAGAUGUAUUUGUUACUUCGACUGUUAAUCUAAGAGAACUCUUUGGUGGUAAACUGUGUGUGUGUGGUUUACAUAAAAUAAUUGUCUGUGUCACUAUAUGAGUGACUUUAUGACAUGUGUGUUUAUGUUUUAAUGUUUGGUUUGGUUAUAGUAUAACCUUUUAUGUACGAAAGAAAAUUAAAUAAGACUGUGUCACACUAUAAGUGACUUUAUGACAUU